AUGUCGAUCGACCUGAACGCCACCGAGCGCACGCGCCUCCUGGAGCGAGCGACCACCGGCCUUGCAGACCUCGUGGCGUGGGCGGACGGCCUCCCGCCCAACAGCCACGUGCCACGGUCGCCGACGUGGGCCUCCGAGGUCUGCCGGCAGCAGCUCGUGUUCGAGCGCUGCCACAGCCUUGACGACGUGGUCGAUCUGUACAAGGCGCCGUCGUCGUACCUCGGCGUCGACAACGCGCGCAUCCUCUAUGAAGCUACGACCGUAAACGCCAAGGUCGCGCUCAAGUGGGGCGUCUUCCGGUCGCCGAUUCCGUUUGUGCGCGACCGCGACGCGUGCUACCUCGAGAGCUCGCAGCUCUUUGUUGACCGCCGUGGCCGCCGGGGCUUUGCCCGCUUCAUCACGUCGUACCCGUUGCGCGCCAUGGACUACCGGUCCGGCUACAUUCGCGCCGACGUGCGCAACUGGGGUCUCGUGCUCCUCGAGUCUUCCGACCCCAAGGUCGUGGACGCCAGCGCGAUCGUCGACGUGGACUGGAAGGGCCAGAUGCCUGCGUGGGGCGCGUCCCACAUGACGUCGCGCCGCGCCCAGAGCAUCAAGCAGCUCCCCGCACUGCUUCGCAAGCGGCUCAAGGACCGAUGCGGCCUCUGCCACGUAAAGCCCACGAUCUUUGAGCUCGGACCGCGGCUGGUGCCGUGCCAAGUGUGCCGCAAGCCUCUCUGCACCCGCUGCCGCACCGCGGACGUUGCACCGGUGUGCGUCAUCUGCCGACACCCGCGCGCGCCCCGCCCACCAACGCGGCCGUCUCGCGUUGCGUCUGACUUGGCGUCGACCGUGGGGUCUGCAGGCGACGCGCGGUCGCCACAAACAUGUCGUCAUGCCAACCGAGGGCAAGCCGGCGCCGAGAGCGGCUGGUUCACGCCCCAAGACCACCGUCGUCCCCGCGGCACGGGCCUGGACCUAUCGUAUGUCUCAGCCUACAAGGUGUCGACAGUACAGGAGUAG